UCCUCCUCCUCUCCUGCCACCAGCUGAUGAAGGAGGUUCCCAGGACAUGUGAGUGACGCGCCCCGCUCCCCCCUCCCAGCAAGCAGACAUGGGGGACGUGGAAUGCCAGUUCAUGUCUCUGCGGGAAGAACUGGUCACCGCUUUGAUCAGGAGUCCGGCAGAGCAGAACCCGGAGUCCGUGCAGCGCCUGGUGGAGAUGGCCCUGCCCCCCAGCCAAAAGUACAGAGAGAUCAACGCCAAAGACAUUGUAGAAGCCAAUACCCAGGGGCAGACCCAGAAGGACCUUUGCACGCUCUCCACUGCCCUGAACAUCCUGGAGAAAUACGGGCGCAACCUCCUGAACCCUCACAAGCCCCGUUUCUGGCGGACAGUCAAGUUCAACAACCCCGUCUUCCGAGACACGGUGGACACCAUUCAGGGUGGACGGGAUGUCCUUCGCCUCUAUGGCUAUUCCGAAGAACAGAUGGAUGGGCUUUGCUUCCCCGAACAUUUGCAGGAUCCAGACAUCCUCCGAGUGGCCUCCAUCACGGUGGACGUCAUGCUGUUACGGGCUGAACUGAACCUUCUCCUUUCGGAUAAUCACCCCAAUCCUCACGUUUUGCAACAGUUAAUGCAGGGAGGGGACAGCUUGCAGGUCAACCUCAUUCCCGACGCCUUCCCUAUCCGAGAACAUAUGCCUCAACAGAUGGUUUCGCCGUUAUCGCACACAGGUGUAGGGUACCUGCCCCCAAAUGCCUGCCUGCUUUGCGGCCUAGAACCCCCGUCGCUGCACUGCCCGUCUUGCGCCCAGUGCCUGUGCCCGGACUGCGACCGCCUCUUCCACAAACACCCUUCACGGACGCAUCACCGCCGAGUGCCCCUGAAAGAGCAGGUGUGCCGUAGCCCUCCACCUGCACCACCUCCCAGCCUGUCAGGAGUGAUCACCGACGACGGCUCCUCCUUGCAUCCUCCAAUGGAUUCCCUCUCCUGCACCUGGCGCACCCUCCCCACCCAGCGUCUGCCCUGGCGCUGCGCCGCCUGCCGCAUGAACAAUGAUGCCCGCUCCGUCCUGUGCGUGGCCUGCGACCGCCCCCGCGGCUGCAAGAACCCCGUGAACUCCAGUUCGGACGAUGAGCUCGGCAGCCUGGGGCAGCUGGCCCGGGGCCGGUGGUCGUGCCAAUCCUGCACUUUCGAGAACGAGGCGGCCACCGUGCUGUGCGCUGUUUGUGAGAGGCCCCGCCUGGCAGGCAGGCCCGGCACAGGUGACGCCAAGCCCCUGAUCGCCUGGGGAGAGGAGACGGGGCCGCGGGAGGAAGAGCCUCCCGGCUGGCAGUGCGAACACUGCACCUACUGGAACAAGGUCCGGGGCCGGGUGUGCGAAAUUUGCGACCGCACCAGCUCGCUGGGGUGUCCCGAGCCUUCGCCUCUGCCCUCCCAGAUGGAGAAAGAAGAAGCCGAAAGGCCAAGGAAGGGGCUGGAAGAGCUCAAGGCAGGGCCCAAGGGCCCGCGGAAGGCCUCGUCCGUCUCUCUGGAAGAGGUGGAGCACCGGAGGCAAGAGAAACUGCGUGAGGAAGGGCAGAGGAUGGUGGCCAUGAUCCGAGAAGCUGAGGGGGUGGGGGUGGCCCCCGAGAUGGUGGCUGCUGCCCUACGCUACUCGGGGGCGGAACUGCCUCUCGCCUGGCUGAAUUCGGAGCUGCCCUGCGUCCUGGAAGGGGUGGCGGAGCUGGCCACCCAGCGAGGCGAGCAGGAGCCCGGGGGCGGCCUGGGCAUUGUGACCCGCCAGGAAGUCCAAGGCGCGUGGGUGGCGAGCCAAGGGGACGUGGACGACGCCGUCGGGCGGUGCCUUAGCGCACGGCGUAGCAAGGUGCGGGAGCUGAAGUCGCUGGGCUUCGAGGAGCGUGGCCCCGUGCUCCAGGCCCUGUACCAGAACCAGGGCGACAUGUGGCGGGCCCUGGUGCAGCUGCAGCGCCAGCGGCUGGAGCCUUUCCACCAGCGCUUGUGGGAGAACGAAGACCCCCCCAUAGACUUCCAUGGCGCCGAUCGGCAGGCUCUGCUCCGCCGCCUCCUGGCCUCGCUCUCCCUGCCCAGCUGGGGCCGGGCGGAGCUGGUGGUUUCGCUGAUGCUCGAACAGCCCAGCGAGGGGGGCCUAGAGCUGGCCGAUAUCGUCGAGGCCGUGAAGGCCUCCCCCAGCCGCGACUUCAUCAAACGCCUGCUCAGCUGGGAGUGCGCCGUCUGCAGCUUAGCCUUGCCGCGGAACAAGAUGCAGUCGCUGACCUCGUGCGAGUGCACCAUUUGCCCGGAAUGCUUUGCCCUCCACUUCACUAUUGCUGUGAAAGAGAAGCACAUCACGGACCUGGUCUGUCCGGCCUGCUCCGAGCCAGAGAUCAGCGACGAGAAGGAACUUCUCAGCUACUUCUCCACCCUUGACAUCCAGCUGCGCGGCUGUCUGGACACAGAGACGUACGAACUCUUCCACAAGAAGCUCACCGAGCGAGAGCUCAUGCGGGACCCGAAGUUUCGGUGGUGCACGCAUUGUUCCUUCGGUUUCAUCUACGAGCGCGAGCAGCUGGAAGCCAAGUGUCCGCACUGCUUGAAGAGCUUCUGUGUCCAGUGCAAGCGGCAGUGGGAGCCUCAGCAUCAGGGUCUGUCUUGCGAGGGGUUCCUGGAAUGGAAACGAACCAACGACCCAGAAUACCAGGCCCAGGGUUUGGCCGUGUACCUGCAGGAAAAUGGGAUCGCGUGUCCCAAAUGCAAGUUCUCCUACGCCUUGGCUCGGGGAGGCUGCAUGCAUUUCCAGUGUUCCCAGUGCAGGCACCAUUUCUGCAGCGGCUGCUACGGUUCCUUCUACGCCCCGAACAAAUGCCCGAUCCCCGACUGCCGCAUCCGGCGCUCCCUCCACGGACACCACCCCCGCGACUGCCUCUUCUACCUGCGCGACUGGGACGUUGUUCGGCUGCAACGGCUCUUACAGGAUAACAGCAUCAACUUCAAUACAGAGCCCCCAGCUGGGACCCGGGCCACACCUGGCGGUGGAUGCCGCGUUAUGGAGCAGAAGGAGACCCCGACAGGGUUAAAAGACGAACCUUGUGGGAAAGAGACCCAAGUUGGAUACGCCGGCCUUUGUCAAACACACUACAAGGAAUACCUGGUCAACCUCAUCAACAGCUACUCCCUGGACCCGGCCGUCCUGUACACUUUGCAAGAAGUGGAGACCGUCUGUCAACGCCACCUGGCCGGACCACAGCUGCCCGCUCGGGGACCCGCUGAGGAGGACGAAGCUUAUCGUGGGCGUUUGGUCAAGAUUCUCAGGGACGAGGUGCCUCUAGGCCUGAAAAUUCCACGCAGACGGUAGGAGUCGGACGCCGGCAGCCUCAGUGGUGUGGAGAGAAACCAACUUGGGCCCUGCGAUCCAGCUUCCUGUUGAGGGGAGCAUGUCCACAGGAAGCUGAAUGGAAGCCCUCCCCCCCUCGUACCUGGCAGGAGAAUCUCCUUAACAUUUCUGAAGCGGUUUUAUAUUUGGGGUGUCCGAGAUGCCAUCUUAAGACCCUCCCAGCUGCUAGGUAGGACUUCAGGGCCUCCUUCGCAAACCUCCCAUCCUGUUGCUCACGCACGCAAAUCCCACAACCGCCAGAACCACAGUUUGGAAGAAAGAGAGGAUGUUAGUUUUUGCAUAACCCUGUUCGGCAGAAUCAGUUUUUGUUUUUAAGGAAUAGCUAGAUUUUAUGGUGUGUGUGUGUGUUUUCAGUGGGUGGGUUUGAAAUGAUAAACACUCAGAACAAAACUUCCAGUAAUCACCUGGAAAAAUUCUUGUUGUGGUCCCAGGUCUAUCCCCUUCUGAUUCAUUUCCUCCUCCUCUUCCACUUGCCCUCCAGCCUGCAUAACUCUUGGGGGAAACCGUAAUUCCAAAUAAACUGUUCUGUGAUUUAAAAAGAAA